AUGCCAUCCGACGAUAUUUUAAUUCAACAACUCAGUACAGCCGCGGUAGUAAUCUUCAUGGUCUCAUCAGUGGUUAAUUUUAUCUUGGGCAUCGUCGGUCUGACGUUUAAUGUCUUUGUCUUCGCUCGACCUACCCUGCGCGGUCAACCGUGUUCAUUCUAUUUCUUAUCCUCAACACUCUUUAAUUUCUUUGUUAUAUUAAUCAUCAUUCCAUUACGUAUUCUUUCGAAUAUUUACAAUAUCGAUCCAAGUAUAUACAGCGAAGGCUACUGUAGAAUUCAAACAUAUGCAUUUUAUUCUACUCGAGCAGUAUCUUGUUGGCUGAUUACCUUGGCAACAAUCGAUCGUUAUUUACACAGUUCAUCGAAUGUAUCAUUUCGUCAAAUGAGCUCGUUGAAAAUAGCAAAAUUGGCAAGUGGAUGCACGAGCUUAUUUGUUUUCAUUGCUUACAGCCACAUGAUCGUUUACUACAGCAUUAGUACUAAAACAGACCGAUUCGGUAACAUUUCGUCACAAUGCAGUGGCCCACCAGGCUCUUACAGUGUAUUUCUAAGCAUUUGGCAUAUGAUAUUUUAUUCGGUUAUUCCAUCAUCUGGCAUGCUCAUAUUUGGCUUUUUAACAAUAGCGAACGUUCGUCAACGUCGACAGAUUCUUCCGAGAGCGAUAGAAAAUCAUAAAAAUACAAAACGGACCGAUUCGCAGCUUCUACGUAUGUUAACAGCUCAAGUAUCAAUGAUUAUUGUAUGCACUCUACCAGUCUCUGCAUAUCGAGCAUAUUCGGCGUCGACUGCGAGCGAAACAAAAGGCGCAUUGCGAUUGGCACAAGAGAACCUCGCUGCUCAGAUUGUUGCCGGAAUAACUUACUUUGCACAUUCGACAAGCUUUUACAUGUAUACACUUUCCGGUACGAUGUUUCGUAAGGAGUUUCUGAAAACAAUUAGACGCAGUCAACAUUCCAGUCAUAAUCAACCGCAAAUGAAUGAUGUCCAAAUACAAGCACGAUCUACUUUACAAGAGUCAACAAAAUGCGACUCCGUCAAACAAUGUCAUCGUCGUAAAAACAAAUAG